AUGUUGCUGGAGCUCUGGGAGCAGAGCUGCUCUGAGACACUGAUGGAGGUUAGAUCUGAACCAGGAUGGAGGAGCUGCUGGUUUAACCUUCAGGAGUCUCCAGCAUCAAAAAACCUCCUGAACGUCAGAACAAAGCAGAACUUUCAGAAGACACCAUCUAGAACAUCUUCUGUUUUCAGUCUUCACUUUGGUGGUUCUUUCAGGUUCUGGGGCUCUGUAGGGGGUUCUGGUCGGUUUGGUGGUUCCUUCAGGUUCUGGGGCUCUGUAGGGGGUUCUGGUCGGUUUGGUGGUUCUUUCAGGUUCUGGGGCUCUGUAGGGGGUUCUGGUCGGUUUGGUGGUUCCUUCAGGUUCUGGGGCUCUGUAGGGGGUUCUGGUCGGUUUGGUGGUUCUUUCAGGUUCUGGGGCUCUGUAGGGGGUUCUGGUCGGUUUGGUGGUUCCUUCAGGUUCUGGGGCUCUGUAGGGGGUUCUGGUCGGUUUGGUGGUUCCUUCAGGUUCUGGGGCUCUGUAGGGGGUUCUGGUCGGUUUGGUGGUUCUUUCAGGUUCUGGGGCUCUGUAGGGGGUUCUGGUCGGUUUGGUGGUUCCUUCAGGUUCUGGGGCUCUGUAGGGGGUUCUGGUCGGUUUGGUGGUUCUUUCAGGUUCUGGGGCUCUGUAGGGGGUUCUGGUCGGUUUGGUGGUUCCUUCAGGUUCUGGGGCUCUGUAGGGGGUUCUGGUCGGUUUGGUGGUUCUUUCAGGUUCUGGGGCUCUGUAGGGGGUUCUGGUCGGUUUGGUGGUUCCUUCAGGUUCUGGGGCUCUGUAGGGGUUCUGGUCGGUUUGGUGGUUCUUUCAGGUUCUGGGGCUCUGUAGGGGUUCUGGUCGGUUUGGUGGUUCCUUCAGGUUCUGGGGCUCUGUAGGGGGUUCUGGUCGGUUUGGUGGUUCUUUCAGGUUCUGGGGCUCUGUAGGGGUUCUGGUCGGUUUGGUGGU